GAAGUGACGUCGAAACAGGAAGUGAAACUGUCCCUGCUGUCCGUCAGCGCUGGGCUGCUACAACAACAGCCUUUACAACCACCAGCAUUUUUCGGCGUUCCAGCUUCUGAAAAUAUCGCAUUAAUGUGUUUUCCGGAACGUUAUCCGCUGAGCUGAAGAGCUGAGUGUCCUUUUAGUUUCGGGGAGAAUGACGCCGAGAUGACUCAACAGUGGCUUGGACAUCUGUGAUUUGAUAGACGAUGAAGCGUGCUCUGUUUGGCAGACCUGCUUGUUACCAUAGCAAAGUAAACCACACCAACAUGGAGAACAAACUAUAGUGAAUCCUAAUUUUUGCUUCCUUCUUUUUUACCCAUGAAACCCACUAAAAUCCCCUCAUCCAUCACAUAUUAACUGGUUUUGAAUGGAUUUCAGCUGAAAACGGUGCUCAACAUGUCACUGGGUGUUCAGUCUCAGAAAUGGUUUCCUACCCAUGUCCAAGCCACUGUUCUUCAAGCCACUGGUUUACAGUCCAAAGGCAAAAAUGGCACCAAUGACGCCUACACCAUCAUCCAACUGGGCAAAGAAAAGUACUCCACGUCGGUGGCGGAGAAGACGACCAACCCCGUCUGGAAAGAGGAGGCCUCGUUUGAGUUACCUGGUCUUCUUUUAGAGGGAAACCCCGAAGUCUACGAGCUCUGCCUUACAGUCAUGCAUCGGUCCUUAGUGGGGAUGGACAAGUUCCUGGGUCAAAAGUUCAUCAACCUCAAUGAAAUAUUUGUUAAUAAGGAGAGAAAGAAAACAGACUGGCAUUCCUUGGGGUCCAAACCAGGAAAGAGGAGGAAAGAACGAGGUCGCAUCCAAGUCAGCAUCCAGUUCAUGAGGAACAACAUGACGGCCAGCAUGUUUGACCUCUCCAUGAAGGAAAAGCCGCGCUCGCCUUUUUCCAAGCUGAAAGACAAAAUGAAAGGUCGCAAACACGACAGCGGCCACACGGACGCGUCGUCCGCCAUCUUGCCUUGCUCUGUGGCGUGCGACUCAGAGUCCAGCGGCCAGUCGUUUGUCCCGGAGCCCCAGCCGAAGAGCGACGCUAAAGCGAAGCGGCCGCUGCUGGCCGGGGUCCAUAAACUCUCAGCAGCCCAUUCCAUGUCUGAUCUGAUUGGGACCCACAUCCGACCCAAACUGGACUCCAUGAACUCCAUAGAGGAGAAAGGAAGUGCGAGCGGCCCUCACCGGCGUUCCCAGAGCGAGGUGCCAGGACACCAGGACGGCGAAGCACACAGUGACCCUUUCACUGAUAUCAGUGACACCCUGCCACAGAAGUAUGCCACGCUCCCACGCAACCGCAACCCGUUUGAGGGGGAGCAGGGGCAGCUGUGGGACCGGGCCGAGCACAAGGAGAAAAAAGAGAAGGUCAGCCUCCUGGAACGUGUGACGGGGAAGAAGGAAGGCCGUAAGAGCGGCGACAGGGCGCGCUCGGGGAGUUCUGGAGACCUGCAUUCCCCCAACCCCUUCGGUGGGGAAUCCCGAGCCGAAACCAACCCAUUCAGCUCCACCUACAAACCCAGUGAGAAAAAGCAGACGGGAAGUGAUGACAUCACCUUUGGCCUGAAGAAGAAGAGGGACAUCUUUGGCAAGAAAAAUGUGACCCAGGAGAGCGUGGCUAGCUACAGCAACCUCUCCUUUGAGGAAGUUGUUCGGGAACUCAUCAAGCAGAAAGAAGCAGUGAAGAAGAAGGACGCCCACAUCCGGGAGCUGGAGGACUACAUCGAUAACCUCCUCGUCCGCGUGAUGGAGGAGACGCCGAGCAUCCUACGGACACCCUAUGAGCCAAAAAAGAAGGCGGGUAAACUCUCCAAAAAGUAGACUUUGUGAGGAACAAACAAGCAAACACUGGAGUAAAGUCUUCACUCGUGGAUCGGUGCAGAAGCGGAGGCAUUUUAUUUAGCUGGUUUAGGCUUUAUACAUUUUCUGGAGCUUCUUGGUUACCUGCAGGUUUAUUGUUUGAUAUUUAAUACUUUUAUUAAUAGUCGUGGAGUAUUUUUAGGUACUUGAAAAGGUUACGAGUGAUCCAUCGGUUACUUUCAGUAAAGACGAUUCAGUCGAACUGUAUUAUAAACACCUGAGAACCAUUACCUGCUGCUUUCAGAGGACAAAAGCCUCCAGAUGUGUGUUUUCCAGACGCUCCGGACGCUGAUCGCUGGUUUUUCGGGUUCUGUUACAAUCAAACACGUUUAAGGAGGACCAUCUUGAGUCUGAAUGGAGAAGCGUCAUUCCAUCCGGGGCUGGAGUGUCUUUUUUGCCAACUUGUGCAUUUUGACAAAUGCACAUUCAUCUAACUGGAUUGGACCCAGGGUCUCAGUUGAUCACUGUUACUGAAUAUAAGUGCAAUACGACGGUUCGGUAAAGUCGUCCUGUUGGGUUGAUGCGAUCGGUGCGAAAGAACCAAAGUCCUGCAGUUUUACAGAAGACGUACCAAGCAGCACACGUGGCACUCCGCUGCACAUAUCUUUUAAUGACGCCGCACAUUUUAUUAUUUAUAAGUGUUUUAUUAUCCAUGUGAGUAUUUAAGGACCUUUAAAACACUACAGUGUUCCAGCUCUCUGCUGUAUUAAUCGGUGCAACAGCCUGAAAACAGCCGCUUAAAAACGUGAACCAUCGUUUCUUUUGACGCUCGUGAUUUUCUGCUUAAGUGAAGUCUGAGCCGGGGGUCUGCAACCGUCCUGACUGCAGGAGACACGGUCACCAUCUCUCCUACUAACAGUCAACUUAAGUCAGGAUUUUAGGAUCCAAUCAUCUGAGUUAAAAACAGGCUUUUAAUCUACGUUUUUAUUGUUGUUUCCGUAGUUUGCUGCAUGGUACCAUUAUGUUAUGUUUUCAUGGCAUAAAGACGUCGUAAUUCUAAAACCUCCCGCUGUCGCAGCAGUUUGGCUCAAAUGUUCAUUUAUUUUUUUUUUGUCAUUAAAAAGUCGGGAUCGAUCCUAAAGAUCUAUUAGCUAAAACGUUUCUUAAUUUAUUUCUGGUGAAAACUGGCUACAAUAAAUAUUUAUUUUAAUUGAUGAAGUCACGUUUGACCACUUUAGAGAGUCUGAAGACCCACAGGUGACCCCAGAGCCGCUUGUUGCAGACCCCUGAUCUUCCAUAGACUUCCGUGUAUACGGUCAGAUACGGAUGAGAAACCUGUGUUCCGCCAUCUUAUCCUUUAUAUUUUAUCUUACUUAAAACAACUGAGUUAAACUAGCUCAAAAAGAGCCGAUUGAUCCGUUCGUGACGCUAACGAGCUGCCAGGAUCCGACACACUCGGGUCAGGGUUCAGACGCAGAUUUAAGUUUACUGUUGAAUGUUUCUGUUGCCGUCAGUGUUAAACAUCAGCGUGAUUUCCCACCGUUUCUAUCUCCAUCGAGUUACGUCAGAUUUUCUCUGUUUAUUCACAAACUGACCUCGACACUGUUGAUGCUACACAGCUCCCACCGCCUCCCACCGUCUCUCCUCACCGUCACAAACAAGGUGGCUCUGCCUCAGAGAAACAGAUGUUUUUUUUAGGGUUUUCUGCUGCUUUUAUUGACUUUUUCUGUUGUUUUGGUUCUUUUGGACUCGAGACUAAACUCUUUCUAAUGAAUGUAUUCUUCUUGGCGGAGCCUGACUUGCCUUUGAAGUGUUUUUGCUAGUCAGAUAAGCUUCGUUUCUUCUUCCUGUCUGAGCUAAACUCAGAUCCUUCAUGAUGAACAAGCUUCUGUUGAGUCUCGUGAAGACAAAACCAGUGAGUUACGUGACGCUAACAGGUUCUUGUUCUAGCUUCACUCUCAUAUCCUGAAGUAUAAAUCCUGUCUUCUGAUAUUUUUAUCACUACUCUGUGUUAACAGUUAGUUAACACUGGUCAGUUUGUGGAGGUAAAACCCUCAAGAUCGUUGCAGUUGGACAUUACUUUUACCACCUUUAAGGAAUCUUUGGCCGUUUUAAAGUGUUUCUAUGAAAGUUAUAUGUAAGAAUAUCUCAUCGCCUGUAGAUGGAUCCUGAGCUCCAGAGUUUACAUCUGACCGGACUGAUGAGCUAACGGCUAUGUAACGGCUAUUCUAAGCUAAGCCGGGGUUAAAGUCGAUCAACGCCACCUUAAAACGAUUUCUUCUACAUUUUUUACUUUUACAGCUUCACAGUUUUGUUAUUCAUGGUUGUAAUUACCCUUAAAAUUCAGUGUAACUAACUUUAUAUGGUCUUUUGUUAAAAAUAAUGUCACAUGACCUACUGUUAAAAUUGGGAGCUAGUUAAAGAAGGCAGCUACGCUUUGAUCUCCUCAGUUAUGUAGGCUGUAAACUCUGUUUCUAUGAACUGAGGCUGUUCAGGAGGCUGCCAGCAAUUUGGGGGGGGGGGGUCUAUAAUGUGACUUCUGGAACUUGUUCUUUUAGAGAAAAUUAUUGUUUCCUGCACAAACAUGGUUUGAUUGUUCAGUAACUUUCUAAAUUAUUCAAAAAAAUACAAAAAUCAGCAUAAAAAUCAUACAUUUGUGAUUUUAUGUAAUGAAUUAGAUACAUUUUUGCCUUAUUGCCCCUCCCUUCAUGUUAGAAAUAUAACAUUUACCCAAAAGUGAACCUUCAAAAAUGGCUGAAACAUCCCUUUUCACAUCUGACCCGAAAUAUCUGAGUACGUCUCAAAACUCUGUCAAACCACUGGAAUGUAAUGCUGCUACCCUUUCAAAAUAAAACCCAGACUUAUCAAAUGAUCACGUUGUGCUCUUACAACAGUAUUGCACUUUCCAUGCUCUAACAGUUAAACAAGAACUAUUAUGUUUUAAUAACGUGACAAAUGUGUUGUAAGAAUGUGUCACUUUGGUUUUGUUGACUUUUAUUUUGAAAGGGCACUUCUGCAUCAAACUUGAUGAUGGAUGGAAACAAAUCAGAUGCUUCCCGCAGUAACGCUGGGAAUGAACUCAGCAAAUUCCUCCUUAAAUCCUUCAGUCUGCUGCUUUAGAGACUAAAUAUGUAGAAGCAUUUAAGGUGGACUGAAUCAGGACCCUGAGGUUAAGGUCAGAUGUCAGAAACGGGAAAAGCAACUUCAAUUCAUUCAUUUUCCUUUAUUUUUUCUGAUCUUUUUUCUUUAUGCUCCAAAAUAAUUGGAAGCUUUGGAAGACAUCUCCCUAAAAACUAGAGGAUACCACGAAAAGAAGAACAAAGUAGCGUUUUCCCGCUAUUUUGAUGACGUGAAGCGCCGUUUCUGGUAAAUCUGCUUUAAUAAUGUUCUGGUUUCUGCAGCCAGACGCCAAAAUGUCCAAAUCCAACAGUUGGUGGAUUUUUGAAAACACUAAUAAGCUUUUAAGAGUUUACAGAGCUGGGUUUUGGGUUUUAACCUCAUUGAAGCACGAGUUUGGGCCUAAAAUGACAUUUUGAUACUAUGGUACACAUGUCGAAUAAAAUGUUUACAUAUUUCUAGACGUUUGUUUUGUAUCACGUCAUUCCUUUUUUAAAUCACAAAUACUUUUUAGCCAAAGUUGUAUCUCUUUUUGUAUUGGAAAUAGUUAUUUGUCUUAAAUUACCAUUUAAUGUGUUAAACUGGGCAGAUUAUAAUUUGGUUAAAAAAUUUGACAAAGAAGAAUUCUUUUAAUUCUUUAGAAAUUACAAAUUAUGCAAAACGUCAUGCCUGCAUGUCAGGGUUACGAUUGUAUUAUUGUUAUUAUUAUUUCUGAGCUUUAGAUGCUUUCAUCUGACAACUUGACGAGGCGGUAAAGUAGAAAAGCACGAUUUGUCAUUCCUUGUCUCACCUGCUGUAACUGGAAAGACACGGGCAGGAUUGUGUUGCCCUUUUCAAUAAAGUCACUGAAAAAAUAA